UGAAGGAGAAUAGUGCCUGCUCGUUUUGCUCAUAAAUCGGGUUCUUUAAAUGGGAGAACCUACCUUAGUGUUCCAAAAAGAAAGAAAGUUGGGAACCUGGUGAUUAUGGUCUAUGAGAGGGGGGAACUAUCUCUGGUGGUAUCCAUGACGCAUCUACCGGUACGCUUGCAAGCGGCGGACCUAACGGGAUUCCAUUCUCCUCAACUCCUCGCAGUAUACCCUCCCAUGCGGCAGGGGGCGGUCCGCCACAAACAACUUCCUCCAGAACUGAGGCUCCUAACAGCCGGGCGACGAAAAAAUCUGGCGCGCGUGGAGUGCUGAUUGGUUGUGAAGCACGCCUGAAGCAAACUUGAGCGAUUGUCCAGUUGACCAAUAGAGGAGAGGCGGAGCCUUGCGCUUGCAGUCUACCUGGCCUCUCGCCUUGAUCCCGUCGCUUCUUCUCACCUUGCCCCACUAUGACGGCGCACAGCUUCGUGCUACCGAUCGUCCUCUUCUCCGUCUUCUGGGGUCUCGUGGGAAUCGCAGGCCCAUGGCUCGUACCCAAGGGGCCCAACCGCGGAGUGAUUAUUACCAUGUUGGUGACCACUGCCAUUUCCUGCUAUCUCUUCUGGCUUAUAGCACUCCUGGCCCAGGCAAACCCACUGUUUGGACCGCAGCUGAAGAAUGAGACCAUCUGUUUGGGCAAAUGUCUGCAUCUUGAAACUCUUGUGAUGAACACCAAGAUUGAAUCGCUACUGAUGGAGUUUUGGAACGUCCCCUUGGGGUAGAGACAAAAUACCUUCCUUACCUUUAAGUGGUGAUGCUAGCCCAGUAGGCUUGCUCUUUCCCCUUCUUUGUCUGUCAGCAGUGAAGCUGCUGCACCAGGGUGCAUUUGCGUAGACUGCCCUCUUCUACUAUUGAUUUAUUACGUGAUGUAUAUGUAUAUAUUUAUUGUAUUGUGAAAAUAAAUGUGAUCUUACUUUA